AGAUGAUAAGUGCUGACGAACGGUCACACUGCGCACCAAGCGAACGAGAAAAAAGUAAAACAAUUGCAAAACUACUGCAAAUAUUUGUAACGUGCUGAAGCGAUGUCUGCGCUCUUUCGCCUAACCAGCCGCGCCGUGGCGCUGCAGCGCUCCGUGGCCAUCAGCCAGGCCGCAACGCUGCAACGUGCAACGUCGUGUCGCAGCAUCAAAACAUCGCCGAAAAAGGACGAAACAGUUGCAGCACCAGCGAGCGUAACAACCGAAGAUUUUGCCAAUCCCAGUCCAAAGAACUGGAUGAGCUACGGUUUCGAUUACAAGACCGAGGCGGACGAUCGCAAGGCGACAAAAUCGACAUUCUUCUUUGCCGUCACACUGUGCCUGGUGUGGGGUACAUUCUACUGGGCCUAUUUGCCCGACACACAGCUGCGCAGUUGGGCACAACGCGAGGGCUUCUUGGAGCUCCGCCGUCGCGAGCAGGCUGGUCUCGAUUUGAUUAGCCCCAACUAUGUGGAUCCCUCAAAAAUAGUGCUGCCAUCAGACGAGGAUCUCGGCAAUACGGAAAUUAUCAUUUAAACUAACUCUCUAUCCAUAUUUAGUUUUUGUUAUGUAACGGAAAAGAAACAAAACUGGUUGUAGACGAGUUUUUGUGGUUCCUUGAAUAAAAUUGCAAAUGAGGCAUGAAAUCCGGUAUUAACACUGCCUGUUUCGAGUGCUUUACGCCAGAAUAUAUAAAUCGA